CAGACCAGUGCAGUAAAAUACCUAGUACAACGUUGCAUUUCAACUUGAAGUUGACGGUCCCUUCGAUGAAACCAUAACGAAGACAUCAAUAUUCGGAUUGUCGCAGCGCGUAUCCUAGGGAAGAUAUAAAACACAAUAAACAGACUGAGCGACAAACUUACCUAUUCAACAGCAGCCGCUCUUGCCCCAAGAAGAUGGCGGAGUUCAAGGGAGAAAAGAUUCCAGUGUGCUAUGCCUCAUGUUCAAUAGGCCAUAAUGAUUCCAAGCACACCCUCCCGGCGAAGCUCAAAGCCAUCGCUGAUGCAGGAUUCGACGCCAUCGAACUUUCCAUGCCCGAUAUCUUGACCUAUGGUCAACAGAUUUCGGAAACCAAGUCAGAAAUCGAUCCGAAGGACUACGAAACACUCCAGUCCGUGGGCCGAGAGAUACGAAAACUCUGCCAAGAACAUGGCCUUAAAAUCUUGAUUUUGCAACCUUUUGCCAACUUUGAGGGCUGGCCGAAAGGAAGCGAUGAGAGAAAGGACGCAUUUGAAAGAGCCAGGGGCUGGAUGUCAAUCAUGGAGGCCGUUGGAACAGAUAUGCUUCAGAUUGGAUCAUCUGAUGCCGAAGAGAUAUCUUCCAGUUUCGAUGUUAUGGCUUCUGACCUGGCCGAGCUGGCAGAUAUCUUCGCGGAAAAGGGGUUCAAGAUUGCAUACGAAAACUGGUGCUGGGCCACCUAUGCUGCCUCAUGGAAAGACGUCUGGGAAAUUGUCAAGAGAGCCAACCGGCCGAACCUUGGUCUAUGCCUGGAUACGUUCCAAAGUGCUGGCGGCGAGUGGGGCAACCCAACCACCAAAUCAGGCUUGAUCGAGAGUAUAGAGAAGGCCGAGUUGGACAGAAGGUGGAAAACCAGUUGCGAGGAGCUCUCCAGGACCGUGCCGCCAGAGAAGAUAUUCUUCCUGCAGAUUUCUGACGCAUACAAAGUCGAACCACCCUUGGCAGACAAACCGGACGAGAGUGGCUUGAGGCCUCGAGGUCAAUGGAGCCAUGACUACCGUCCUCUUCCCUAUGACGGAGGUUACCUGCCUAUCGAAGACUUCACGAGAGCAGUCUUCAAUACAGGGUUCCGGAGCUGGGUGUCGGUAGAAAUUUUCGAUUCCAAAGGGCCACAAAAGUAUGGGGACGAACUGGGGCCUUUUGCAAAGAAGGCGUUCAGCUCGGUGCAGAGACUUUUCAAAGCAGCGGAAGACACAGUCUGAUGGGCACACGAAGUGCCCAGGGUCCAGUCAGACGAGCCUGAACAGAUGUUCCGAAAUGGGGACACUAUGUCACUUUGUGUACAGUUCGUAGCGACCUGGGUAAAAGGCCGACACGUGUCUUACUUCGGCGAGCCAACCCAUUCACCAACAAGAAGCCAGACCGUUGGGUUCGAAAUUGGGCGGGCCAGCUCAAACCUGGCAUGUGAGACAGCCGGCGGAAUUGCCUGCAGCGCAACCUGAUAACCCCCAGGUCACGGUACGUUCUGCUGUACAUAGAACACAAAGUUUCCAGCCACGCGAUUAAGGGCAAGGCAUCGCCUUGGAUGAGGCCCGAAGGGGUGACAGGUGCUCAAAGGUCUGUCAUACACGUAACGUAGGUGAGUCGGGAACGUCUGCGGCCCCCAAAGAAACUUUCCAGGAAUGUAAGAAGGGUUUCGUCGAGUCCCAAGGCUGUAAAGAGAUUGCGUGCCGUCGAGGGAGAAGUACACCAUUGGCAUGUGACGGUACCCGGAUGUACAUUUCGAACAUUAUGGAGUCAUGCAAUGAUGCUAUUUGCUGCACUAGACUGGGUCGAUAAUGAAAGCAUUGCACAGCGUCAACAACUACAAGUCAUCCCAGGCACCGGUCCCAUUUUUCACGGUAAUUGAGAUGAGCUCACCUGAGGCGACCGAG